AUGAAGACUGUCGUUGUCGGAGCGGGCCCAGUCGGCGCUCUUGCUGCUCUUUACGCUGCUGUACGAGGACAGGAUGUUGAAAUCUACGAGCUGAGACCAGACAUCCGGGAUCCAUCGACAGCACCACUGAACACCAAGUCUAUCAACUUGGCUCUUUCUGAGCGCGGCAUCAACUCCCUGCGGCGAACCGGGCUGUCAGACCUUGCAGAUGCGGUACUUGCUGACACCGUGCCUAUGCAUGGGCGUAUGAUUCACGUCACAAAGCUCGGCGAGUACGUACGUGAGGCACAGCAAUACGAUGCACACGGCCGUGAUCUAUUGGCCAUGGACCGAACACAACUAAACAGAGCUUUGAUCGACCACCUGGAAGCAAUGCCGAAUGUCAAGAUCUAUUUCAAGCACAAGAUGAUUGGCGUAGAUUUUAAGAAAAAGUCGGCCUGGUUCGAGAAUCGUUCGGACAAGACAGAUCUACUGACACAAGGUCCCGAGUUCAAAUUGACAUUCGAUCUUUUAAUUGGCGCUGAUGGAGCUCACUCGGCUGUGCGGAACCAUUUAAUGAAGGUCGUCCCCAUGACCUAUCAACAGGAAUACAUCGAUAAGCUCUGGUGUCAGUUCGGCGUUCCAGCGUCACCAAAUGGAGACUUUCGGAUACCACCGAACUACCUGCACAUUUGGCCAGCAGACGAGUCCAUGUUCAUCGCAAUCCCAAAUACAGACAAAACCUUCACAUCGACGCUUUUUAUGUCAAAAGAGGGCUUUGAAGAGCUGGAAGCAUCCGGAAAGGUGGUCGAGUACUUUAGCAAAAAUUUCCCUGCAGUAGUACCAGACCUGAUCACCGAAGACGAUCUGAAGAAGCAGUUCACCAACAACGAACAUCUACCAUUGAUCUCGAUCAAAUGCACGCCGUACCACUAUGGCUCCGCCGGAGUCAUCGUCGGAGAUGCCGCCCACGCCAUGGUGCCCUUCUACGGCCAGGGCAUGAACGCCGGACUGGAGGACGUCCGUGUACUCUUCGAGUUCCUCGACAAGUACCCAGACGACCGCACACGAGCACUGAACGAAUACACCAAACAACGCACACCAGACGCGCAGACCAUCAACGACCUUGCGCUCGGCAACUACCGCGAAAUGGCAUCAGACGUCAAGAAGCCUUUGUACCUGCUGCGUAAAUGGGUCGAGGAGACGCUAUACGUUCACCUUCCGAGCUUGGGGUGGGCCACGCAGUACUCGCGCGUCACGUUCAGCAAUAUGAGGUACUCCGAGGUCUACCAAGCAUCACAGAGGCAAGCCCGGAUACUGAACAGUGUUGUGGGACUCGCGCUCGCAACGGUGGUUGGUUCUGCGUUCCUGUUUGCUGGGAAUGGCGGGCUGCAGAAAGCGAAGAUGGGGAUAUUGCGUGGAGUCUGCUUAGCUGCACAGGGGGCGCAGAGAGUGAUUCAGGGUUGA